AUGGUAUCCAUGAGUUCAUCUGACUCUGGGUAAGUUUAAAAAAAAGUUUUUUUUAAAUAAACCCCUGUGAGGCUUUUGUCCCUCCUUGGACAAGCCUCACUCAUGUAGAUUUAAAGAUAAUCUGUCAACAUUGCUAAAUAGCCACUCUGCCACUUAAGACUGAUUGGUCUACUUGUCCCUAAUGCUGCUUCUCUCACCACACACACACACACACAUGUCAAAUGGUCUUUCGUGGUGCGCUAGGCUAGGCGCUCUCUCUCUCUCUCUCUCGCUCUCUCUCUCCCUCCCAUCUCUCUCUCCCUGCCCCCUCUCUCUCGCUCUCUCUCGCUCCCUCCCAUCUAUCUCUCCCUGCUAGGCGCUAAACGGUAUGUGUUGAGCGUUAGGCUCAUUUACACAUCAGUAGUAAUGGCCUCGGCUAGGCAAGGUUCUCUGCUCUCCCUUUGUCAGAACGCUGAUCCACUCAGCCCUGUGGUACAUUUACUCCUACUCUCCUCCACUCAGCCCUGUGGUACAUUGUCUCCUACUCUCCUCCACGCAGCCCUGUGGUAUGUUGUCUCCUACUCUCCUCCACUCAUCCCUGUGGUACAUUGUCUCCUACUCUCCUCCACGCAGCCCUGUGGUAUGUUGUCUCCUACUCUCCUCCACGCAGCCCUGUGGUACAUUCUCUCCUACUCUCCUCCACUCAGCCCUGUGGUACAUUGUCUCCUACUCUCCUCCACUCAGCCCUGUGGUACAUUGUCUCCUACUCUCCUCCACUCAGCCCUGUGGUACGUUGUCUCCUACUCUCCUCCACUCAGCCCUGUGGUACGUUUUCUCCUACUCUCCUCCACUCAGCCCUGUGGUACAUUGUCUCCUACUCUCCUCCACUCAGCCCUGUGGUACAUUGUCUCCUACUCUCCUCCACUCAGCCCUGUGGUACGUUGUCUCCUACUCUCCUCCACUCAGCCCUGUGGUACGUUGUCUCCUACUCUCCUCCACUCAGCCCUGUGGUACGUUUUCUCCUACUCUCCUCCACUCAGCCCUGUGGUACAUUGUCUCCUACUCUCCUCCACUCAGCCCUGUGGUACAUUGUCUCCUACUCUCCUCCACUCAGCCCUGUGGUACAUUGUCUCCUACUCUCCUCCACUCAGCCCUGUGGUACGUUGUCUCCUACUCUCCUCCACUCAGCCCUGUGGUACGUUGUCUCCUACUCUCCUCCACUCAGCCCUGUGGUACGUUUUCUCCUACUCUCCUCCACUCAGCCCUGUGGUACAUUGUCUCCUACUCUCCUCCACUCAGCCCUGUGGUACGUUUUCUUCUACUCUCCUCCACUCAGCCCUGUGAUUGUCUCCUACUCUCCUCCACUCAGCCCUGUGGUACGUUGUCUCCUACUCUCCUCCACUCAGCCCUGUGGUACAUUGUCUCCUACUCUCCUCCACUCAGCCCUGUGGUACAUUGUCUCCUACUCUCCUCCACUCAGCCCUGUGGUAUGUUGUCUCCUACUCUCCUCCACUCAGCCCUGUGGUACGUUUUCUCCUACUCUCCUCCACUCAGCCCUGUGGUACAUUGUCUCCUACUCUCCUCCACUCAGCCCUGUGGUACAUUGUCUCCUACUCUCCUCCACUCAGCCCUGUGGUACGUUGUCUCCUACUCUCCUCCACUCAGCCCUGUGGUACGUUGUCUCCUACUCUCCUCCACUCAGCCCUGUGGUACGUUUUCUCCUACUCUCCUCCACUCAGCCCUGUGGUACAUUGUCUCCUACUCUCCUCCACUCAGCCCUGUGGUACAUUGUCUCCUACUCUCCUCCACUCAGCCCUGUGGUACAUUGUCUCCUACUCUCCUCCACUCAGCCCUGUGGUACGUUGUCUCCUACUCUCCUCCACUCAGCCCUGUGGUACGUUGUCUCCUACUCUCCUCCACUCAGCCCUGUGGUACGUUUUCUCCUACUCUCCUCCACUCAGCCCUGUGGUACAUUGUCUCCUACUCUCCUCCACUCAGCCCUGUGGUACGUUUUCUUCUACUCUCCUCCACUCAGCCCUGUGGUACGUUGUCUCCUACUCUCCUCCACUCAGCCCUGUGGUACGUUUUCUUCUACUCUCCUCCACUCAGCCCUGUGAUUGUCUCAUACUCUCCUCCACUCAGCCCUGUGGUACAUUGUCUCCGACUCUCCUCCACUCAGCCCUGUGGUACGUUGUCUCCUACUCUCCUCCACUCAGCCCUGUGGUACGUUUUCUUCUACUCUCCUCCACUCAGCCCUGUGAUUGUCUCAUACUCUCCUCCUGUCUCAAACUGUGAUAUAACAACAUCUCCUUGAGGAAGGCUGCUGUUGUCUGACUAACAACCCAAGUCUCACCCACUGUGUGUGUGUGUGUGUGUGUGUGUGUGUGUGUGUGUGUGUGUGUGUGUGUGUGUGUGUGUGUGUGUGUGUGUGCGUGCGUGCGUGCGUGCGUGCGUGCGUGCGUGCGUGCGUGCGUGUGUUCUAGUCACUCUGACAGAAGUGGGUUACUCACAGCUCAGAACAAAGUCUAAAUGUUUUCUUCAGAUGAAGGUGAAAGUUGAGUCCAUAAAGAUACAGCAGCCUAUAAGACUGACAUAAAGCUCUGACUGACACUGUAGAAGUUGUUAUCGUCAUGGACAUUCUCUCUAAGGGUAUAUGUUAGUAAUACAGCCAAUUAUGUGACACUGGAGAUAAAACAUUUAAUAACACUUCAGAUAAAACUUUAAAUUAAAGAUUGCUUGACAGAGUAUAAACCAAUUGGAACGUUACAUUGAAUUCCAGUAUCUCCCAACUAGACUGUUGUCAGAUAUAGGACCCUAUGAUUCUAAGUUCCAAACUUGUGGCCAAACUUAGUUUCCUAUUCCUGUGACUAUGGCUGCAUUGGGAGCAUCUCAAUAGUGUGACCUCUCUCCCUUUGUUCUGUUAACCCGGGUAUUUUUUCUCUGGUACAAAACGUGUUUCAUUCCAUCAGGUCCUUCCCUGGCCUGUUGUAUAAAGAGAAACCCAGUAUACUGUGCUGUACCUUAUAUGUGUGGGAGUGAAAAUGCACUUACCCUGCAUCUCAUUCUGUCACUGACCUUGCUUUUGCUCAAUAAACGUCUCCUUUCUUACUUUCUCUCUCUUUCUUUCUUUCCGUACUCCUCCUCUACUUGAUUUGCUGUGCUGUGCCACACUGUACCGUACUAUCAUAACAGCUGAUUGUCUUUCUAGAAUUAUAUCUCUUUCAUUUAAUUGUCUUUCAUUCACUUAAUUAUCUUUAUUUAUGGGGGGGGGGGGGGGGGGGGGGUUGAGAGAGAGGGAGGGGGGUAGAGAGAGAGGGGGGUAGAGACUGACAGAGAGAGGGAUACCAGUAUGUAUUAUAGUACAGGGCCAGUCUCAGCCUCAGCCGUAGACAAACAAGCUCCAGCGUCUUAACAUGGGAAGUUAAUGUGUAAUGGAGGAUUUAGUCUCGAGCUGACUAUGUUUGUGCUAUUUAUUAUCAUGCCCGCCCAUACUUAAAACACUAUCCUUAUUCUAUCAUUAUGCAGCCUUCUGACUGGGAUUCUAGCUAAAAGAAGUGUGGGAACUGCUUUUCUAGCACACACAAUGGCUAUCUGAGAGCUGUCACACAAACACACACAGAGAUAGACAGACUGAUUUUCUGUUAAAUAUCAUUUUUCUAAUAGCACUUCUCUUUAGUCAGGCUACAGAGAAUCCUUCCCCCUGGCAGGCCUCUAACAGUGAAAGGAGAUAUCAGUGUUUGUGUGAAUAACCACCUGGAUGUCCACUCUCCCUCUCUCGCCCUCCUUCAAACACCCUCCGUUCACUGCUGAUUCAUAUUAGCUCACUCUCCAAAGACACACUAAUGUAUUCUAAGAUCUCUGGAGCUGCCGGUGUCUUUGAAAUCAUCUGAAUUACAGCCGCAACACAAAGUGAAGUCAAGGGUACCUGUGCUGUGCUGUCUCACUGCUCUCACUGUUUCUUUCCAUAUUUCUGUCCAGAGAUGAGAUGUAGUGUUUAGAGUUACAGUCCAACCCAGUUUCUAGCCGUAAAGUCCCUAUUUGUCCCCAUGAAGAGCCCGUUAGGGCCUCGGAGCAUUAGUCUGAUCAGCCAGAAAGAAUCAGGCAGUACAUUCUGAACUCUACAUUUACUCUUACAUACAGUGGGGGAAAAAAAGUAUUUAGUCAGCCACCAAUUGUGCAGGUUCUCCCACUUAAAAAGAUGAGAGAGGCCUGUAAUUUUCAUCAUAGGUACAUGUCAACUAUGACAGACAAAAUAAGAAAAAAAUAUCCAGAAAAUCACAUUGUAGGAUUUUUUAUGAAUUUAUUUGCAAAUGAUGGUGGAAAAUAAGUAUUUGGUCAAUAACAAAAGUUUCUCAAUACUUUGUUAUAUACCCUUUGUUGGCAAUGACACAGGUCAAACGUUUUCUGUAAGUCUUCACAAGGUUUUCACACACUGUUGCAGGUAUUUUGGCCCAUUCCUCCAUGCAGAUCUCCUCUAGAGCAGUUAUGUUUUGGGGCUGUCACUGGGCAACACGGACUUUCAACUCCCUCCAAAGAUUUUCUAUGGGGUUGAGAUCUGGAGACUGGCUAGGCCACUCCAGGACCUUGAAAUGCUUCUUACGAAGCCACUCCUUCAUUGCCCGGGCGGUGUGUUUGGGAUCAUUGUCAUGCUGAAAGACCCAGCCACGUUUCAUCUUCAAUGCCCUUGCUGAUGGAAGGAGGUUUUCACUCAAAAUCUCACGAUACAUGGCCCCAUUCAUUCUUUCCUUUACACGGAUCAGUCGUCCUGGUCCCUUUGCAGAAAAACAGCCCCAAAGCAUGAUGUUUCCACCCCCAUGCUUCACAGUAGGUAUGGUGUUCUUUGGAUGCAACUCAGCAUUCUUUGUCCUCCAAACACGACGAGUUGAGUUUUUACCAAAAAGUUAUAUUUUGGUUUCAUCUGACCAUAUGACAUUCUCCCAAUCCUCUUCUGGAUCAUCCAAAUGCACUCUAGCAAACUUCAGACGGGCCUGGACAUGUACUGGCUUAAGCAGGGGGACACGUCUGGCACUGCAGGAUUUGAGUCCCUGGCGGCGUAGUGUGUUACUGAUGGUAGGCUUUGUUACUUUGGUCCCAGCUCUCUGCAGGUCAUUCACUAGGUCCCCCCGUGUGGUUCUGGGAUUUUUGCUCACCGUUCUUGUGAUCAUUUUGACUCCACAGGGUGAGAUCUUGCGUGGAGCCCCAGAUCGAGGGAGAUUAUCAGUGGUCUUGUAUGUCUUCCAUUUCCUAAUAAUUGCUCCCACAGUUGAUUUCUUCAAACCAAGUUACAGGUCUGUGAGAGCCAGAAAUCUUGCUUGUUUGUAGGUGACCAAAUACAUAUUUUCCACCAUAAUUUGCAAAUAAAUUCAUAAAAAAUCCUACAAUGUGAUUUUCUGGAGAAAAAAAAUCUUAAUUUGUCUGUCAUAGUUGACGUGUACCUAUGAUGAAAAUUACAGGCCUCUCUCAUCUUUUUAAGUGGGAGAACUUGCACAAUUGGUGGCUGACUAAAUACUUUUUUUCCCCACUGUAUGUACUGGAGGUUAUUUGAAAGCACUCUGCAUAAGACCAUCUGCUUAACGACUUAACUUAGAACUUAAAAUGUAUUUAUAUAACGCUUUGUACGCAAUGUUUGGAACCCGCUUUACAAAUACACUUUUUAUUAAAUCUAAGCACUUGUUGUAUCUUGUUGUGCCUUCCAAGAAAUUAUUUUCUCCACGAGGUAAGACAAAUAUAUUAUUGUGCUGUGGACUGACAACAACCCGCUUCUUUGUGCAUUUACCCAUCCUGCAAUUCAUUGUGGUCCCUUUUUCAGCUUAAUUGUGAUUAGUGGAUGUGGUUAUGUGCAUGUGUCAUGCCCCUUGCUUGCAUCAUGACUUGUUGAUGAUUGUGUAACAUGUGUUGCAUCCAUAUGGAGCGGUUGUAACACUGUGCCUUGUGGCACCCCAUAUGCUCAUUCUAUCACUAGAGACACCCUGUAAGCCAUACUUAAACAUGUUUUUGAUUUUGCAACAUUCUGCAAUGUUGCAUAAAAGAUGCAAUUAGAAAUGGAAUGUCAGGAGUGUUCUUUUGCUCCAGGUCAUGAGAUUUAAUGUCUUCUAUACAUUCCAUUUAUAUCUGUAACAUUCCGUUGGUGCCUGUAAUGUUCCAUGUAUCUGAAACCUUGCGUUUAACUAGAAAUGCCAUGACUGAAUGUGCCCUCACAAUACCCUCACUUCUAUCUUACACGCUCCCUCUACCUCCCUCCCUCUCUCUCUCCAGUUGACCAGAGUAUGUUUGAGAACUCCAACGCCUCCAGAGCUCCAGGCCAGGGGCUCCAGGCCUCCAGGUUGACCCAGGCCUCUGCCCGUCGCUCCCUGGUCACGGCUAACCCUGCCCUGGGUAGCGGCCCUGCCGAGGCCCCCACCUCCACCACUAUCGCUGGAGGUCAGCAUAGGCUGAAGAACGCCCUGAACCUGGGCAAGGUGGUGGGGGCAAAGGUCAACGACCUGUUGCGGAGGAAGGAGCCCAGUCUUCUAGGAGACAUCGGGGUCACAGAGGUCAACAAGAACGUAGGAGCAGUCUGGAGCAAUAUGGAGGAGAUGACCCUAGGGACUACUGCCAAUAGGUAAGGAGGGAUACACACAGUACACAGUACACAGUACACAGUACACACAGACGCUUUUAGACACUGUGCUCUGGUGAUUCACUCCAAUAUUGGUUUGAUUCAGAGUCGAACUGUAGCUAGUUAUUUCAAAAAGCAUUGUAUUAUUUUGUCUAAAGUGGAAUUAUUUAAGCUUGGAAAAAUCCGUUGUCCUUUCACCCCAUAUUAAAAUCAUAACCAUGGAGUCAAAAAUGUUUAAAUGAUUCAUCAGAAUUUUUCCAAACUGUGGGGUCGUGAAUAAGUGAUGAAGAGUAAGAGGAGGGUUAGUUAGACUGAAGACUGAGAUUAAACCACACACACACACACACAAACACACACACACACACACAGCCUUGGGUCUCCCUCUGUCUAAAGAGACAGAAUGAUCUGUCUGUCUACGCUGUAGCUGAUCAUUGAUCUGUCUCUCUUGACUGACACACAGUCACCACCCUGCCACAUGGGGCCAGGACAGACAUUUCUCAGCUGCGGAAAUCAUAUCCUCAUCAUAGAAUUGGUAAAACCGUGAUGAUAAGUCGUCACCAUGGCAAUAUGCUCGUUAAUGGGGGACAGGUAGAGAAAUAUUCCACUGAUAAAAUAAACACACUAAACUACAGAGCUAAAACGGAUGUCUGUACGUCUUCUCUCUCCCCUGUCUACUAAACAGACACAGAAACACACAAUGAUUGACACAGUUCUCUUCUCUAUCCCUCCAGUCAUACCUCUCUGGACUCCUUCCCUCGUCUGGACCCCCCUCCCCCCAGUAAGAAGCGUCUUCCUCGCGCCCUGAAGACCACCCAGGACAUGAUGAUCUCAUCUGACCCCGUCGUCACCACUCCCCCUGAGACCCCCGAUCACUCCCUCCUCUCCUCCCCUGACAAGACCCCCCUCAUCAGCAAGGAGCAGACCUUACCCCAGGGAGAGAGGGAUGGAGAGAACGAUGGAGGGAGAGACGGAUUCACCGGACUGACUGGCCCUCUGGACAGCGAGAGGAAAGAGGAGGAUGAGGUGGUGGAGAUAGAGAGAAAUGGGAGUAGUAAGUUGGAUGGAGUGGAAGGGGAUGAGACAGAAGAGAGGAGAGAGCCAGAGAAGACCCAGAUUCAGCUCCAGCUCUCUGUCCCAGAUCUCAUCCAUAAGGACCACCCGGACCCCCACAGGUCGAAGACGUCUGAGCACAGGCAGAAGGCCCCGGGAGUGGACAUGAGGCUGGCCUCCACCCCCGUGAAGGCUCCAUACAGGAUCAGUCUGAGUGUAAGUGAGGAUGGGCUGAUUGAGAACGGCUCCCUCUGUAUGAGAGGAUCAGCAGUUACAGACACAGAGGAGCCUGAACAACACCCCGACCUGCUCUCCUUUGAGUAGAGACACACACAAACACACACACACACACACACAUACAUACAUACACACAUAAAUACACACACAUACAUGGAUACAUACAUACAUACACACACAGACCCUGAACCUCUGAGGCCCCAAAACAGUAGAGAGGGUGAGAUGGGGGGGAACAGCAAUGUGGAGAGGACUUGGCAGAGGGAGAGGAGAAGACAGAGAUUGUUUGUGUAAGAAAAUAAGAAGGAGAGAGGAUGUUUUUGACUAGACCCUAGACUAGGAUUAGGGGAUAGAGAUAUAGAUUGAGAUGUAGUGUGUUUGAAUGUGAGUGGGAGUUGGAUAUAGUGGGAGAGGAGUGGAUAAAGGAAGGGUAUGUGUGAGAGAGGUAGAGAGAACAAGACAGAGAAAGAGGAUCUAUUUUAGCAUCAUGAAGGGACAGACCAAAACCUCUUGGUCUGCCAAACAUUGUUUUAUAACCUUGUUUUAAGUCAUGUUUUAUAGUGUUAAUCUUAGAAGAUAAUGCUGAAAGAAGAUUUAUACCCAAGGAUUCUAGAUAUCUAGAUUUCAAAUAAAUAAUUUGAAAUGUCAUAGUACCCUUUCAUGCUGAGACAGAAUGUAUUUUGUAUGAGCUUUUAUAACUGUUGCCCUUAAGAAAAUAUCAAGCAUUCAGCGCUAAAUAUGAAAACAUGACCAGUGGCGUAACGCAGUUUCACGGGGCCCCCUCGGAAGGUCUUGCGUGGAUUGCGGGGGUGUCAGGUACACCAGUGAACACGACAUAAACACUGACUAAUAUGAUUCAACACCACAAGCACUUUCUCUGUUUUUAUACGCCCACUGUUCCUCAUUCUCACUCCACAAGUGGAGACAUGUAUUGUGGGAGACGUGAGAUUGGGUUUGUUCAGCCUGUGUGUGUGUCUGGUUUAUGUUUGUUGAUCGACAGUCAUUGUUUUAGUAGUGCCACUCACAGUCCUGUUGUUUUAUUUCCUUUUUAUGUGUCAUCUUUAUUUUGUCAUUUGUUUUGAAGUAAUGGAUCAUUCUGCCAAAAAAAAGUUUUGACAGAAAAUAUCACAAACACACACACACACACACACUCACAGGACACAUAGUAGGACAGAAUGAGGGGAAUGUAAGGCAGGUCUCUCCCACAGCCUCCUCACCACUCCACUCAUCCACUCCACCUCUUCCCCUCUCCUUCACUCCUCCUCUUCCCCUCUCCUCCACUCCUUCCUGAGAUGAACAAACAGAUAUAAUCCACUACCACAGCCUUUUUAUGCUCCUAGCACAGAUUAAUGAGACUUCACACCAGUGUCUCACAAAACUGACCGUAGAUCAGUGUGCAGGGGAACUACUACUCCAAUAGAACAAUGCUUAGUUAUUCUGGGUGGGGUGCAAUUAGGGUGUAUGUGGAUAUGUGCUUCCAUCAGUCAGCACACAGAGUAUUAGUCUGGACCCAGUAUCUCUGGAAUGUAGUAGCCAAACACUGAGACUGGAGAGAGCGAGAGGGAGAGGGAGAGGGAGGGAGAGAGGGAGAGGGAGAGAGAGGGGGGGGGGGGGGGGGUGAACUGCAGGCGACAGCACGAAGAUUGA